AUGGAAACAUCGUAUCCGUGUACUUGUAAAUUAAAUAAAUCUGAAAAUGCUGAUCCCCAAACUGUAAGGUUGAAACCAGGAAAGUAUUUAGUUGAACUUUGGGGUGCCAGCGGAGGAUGUAAUAAGAAAGAACGAAGCGGUAAAGGCGCAUAUGUAUGGAUUCGUCUAAAUCUCGUUGAAUCGAAAACUUUUACGAUCUUUGUUGGUGGAACUUCGAAUUAUUCUGACGUAACAAUGGUGAAAGGCGGUUGCAACGGCGGCGGCGAUUCAUUUCAAGGAAGUAAGAAGAAUGGCGAUGCUUUGGUAGCGGGCGGUGGUGGUGGAUCUACUUCAAUAGGUCUGUCACUUUUUGACGCCGAUAGAAUUGCCGUUGCAGCUGGUGGUGGAGGUUGUGGAUGCGUUGGAGAUGGCGGAAAUGCCGGAGGACUGGUUGGCUUAGAUGGUACGUCACCUUCGGGAUCUAAGCAAGGACGAGGUGCUAACCAGGUGCGUGGUGGAACAGGAGGAUAUUAUGUUGAAAAUAAUGUUGCUUUUAGAGGAGAAAAUGGCCAAUUUAAAAAAGGAGGAAAAGGUAAGGGAAUAGGCUUUAACGGCGGUGGUGGAGGAGGGGGAUAUUAUGGAGGAGGUGGUUCGUACGAGGCAGGUGGUGGUGGUGGAUCUUCGUUUAUAAAGUCAGGUUAUUAUGGUCGAAUUCAGAGUGGAUCAGAAACAUUUCGUUCCCCUGAAGGUAUUAACGAAGCAGGCCACUAUGGUGACGGCUUUGCACGAAUUAAAUCCAUCUCAUACUCGUGUGUAUGUGAUUGCAAUAAAAACAACUUACAAAUCUGGUGUUUAUUCUUUAUUUUUCUUAUUUCUGAUUGGAAAUAA